GCAGGGACCGAUUAAACUGUGUCAGCGGGGAGUAUGGCUCUGCUCGCAGGUCAGGAGUGCGGGUAAACUUUUCUAUAGCUACCUGAAACAGUUAAAAGUGUCUCUUAAACGCUUUUAACAAUUUGUUUUAUGCGCUGUUUUAUCUCAGAGACGUCUUGUAGCGAGAGCCGGACAUCGCUGACACUGACAGCUGGGAAGUAAACAGCUAACAGCUAACAGCUAAGGGCUAACAGCGGCUAGCGCCAGUGUAACCGCCACUAGCUGAGCUGGUAAACCGUCGACUGCAGGCUAACGUUAGCCGGCUAACUUCUGAGUGUUUUUGGUGGCGUUAAGUUACAUCACCGCGACCUGCCAGCACCCUCCCAUCCUAAUUUUUUGUCAAACUGCUCUGACCACGGAUUGCCACAACGGCACUUUCCAUUCAUGUUGUUUUGGAGGACGAGACUACCAGACCUCCGCUUCUUCGAGCCAGGCAGUCAGCGCGUGUCGUCCCAGCUGAGACGGUGAAGUCGCCCGCCUUUUACCCCACACAGAGAGGUGCCAACAGAGGGACAGGAUGCCUAUUCCUCCCCCUCCCCCUCCUCCCCCCGGACCCCCUCCCCCACCCACCUUCAAUCAGGCGAACACGACUCCUCCCAAACUGAGCUCAUCCGAGGCCAAAGGCAGAGGAGCGCUGCUGUCAGACAUCUGCAAAGGCACUAGGCUGAAGAAGGUCGCCGCGGUCAACGACCGGAGCGCUCCCGUCCUGGAGAAACAAGGAGGAAGUGGCGGCAGCGGUGGAGGCGGAGGCGGAGGCGGAGGCGGAGGCGGAGGUGGAGGUUUUGGAGGCGGAGGACCAAUGGGAAUGGGGGGCCUUUUCCAAGGCGGUGUGCCAAAAUUACGCCCAGUCACAGAUGGUUCAGCAGGUGGUUCAGUGGGCAGAUCUGCACUGAGGCCCCCGGGGUCCCGACCCACGGCCCCCCGCCCCCCGACAGGCCGCUCCAGCUCGCCCUCCCCAGCCAACAAGCCCUCUCCACCGGAGCACCAGCGCUCCCACCGCCCCUCGCUCCCCGACAUCUCCCGGCCCUCCAGCGGCAGCAGCUCGUCCACAGGCGGCGGGAUGAAGCACAGCACCUCCGCCCCGCCCCCUCCUCCGCCCUUCAGCAGGGGUGGCCGUGGCAACGCUCCGCCUACCCCCAACCAGAAAGCACACGCUCCACAUUCCACAUCCUCUCACAGCAGAGAAAAGCCCCUCCCACCGACGCCCAGCAGAGGCCCCACCCCUCCCAGCUCCGUGAAGCCUCCGUCUUCCAGCAGACCUCCGACAGGUGGCUCCUCUGCCCCUCCGCCUCCCCCGCCCUACAGACCGCACACGUCAGUCUCCAACGGGCCGUCCCACGUAGACGGGGGCGGUGCUCCGGAGCUGCCGCAGAGGCACAACUCCCUGCACAAAAAGCACACAUCAGGAGGCAGCCAGGGACGCAGCCACGCUCCUCCGCCCCCGCCUUCACCGUCUCCAUCCUCUCAGCAGGGCGCCAGACCACCGCCCCCCGCCAGAGAGCCGCCUGGACGCAGAGCAGCUCCCCAGGUGCCCCAUCCCGGGUCUCGUAACGGCGGUCGGGACGCCCCUCCUCCCCCGCCCCCGUACCGCGUCAACAGCUCAGAGUCCCACACCAGAGUGGGCAAACCGCCUCCUCCUCCCUCCUCUUCCUCCAUCUCAUCCUCCUCCUCCCGCACCCCGGCCGGACCCCCUCCACCUCCCCCGCCCAUCAGGAACGGCCACUCCAACAUGUCCUCCUCCAAGUCCAUCAUGGAUGAUUUUGAAUCCAAGUUCAACUUCCACCCCAUGGAAGACUUUCCGCCUCCAGAGGAGUACAGGCAUUUCAGCAAGGUGUACCCCAGCAAAAACAGCAAGGCCACGAUGAGAGGCGCUCCUCCAGCGCCGCCGGUGGGCAGGUGAACCGGCCUCAGCUCAGGACUUGGACUCUCAGUCGGUGGACGGUCAUCGGGAGGGAGCGGUGAAGAAGCACUCGAAUCACAAACACACUACACCACAAAACACACACACACACACACACACACACACACACAGAUUCACACUAACACUAAACCACCAGCUGGAAGCACAGUGGCCAAAAAAAAAGUAAACACUACCACACCACGCAGGUUUGACACUACUCAUCGGUCACUUUCUGUUUUUUGCACGAGAGAAUAAAAACCACUCGGAGGCGAGAAACGGACUCGACCUUCGUGACUGUGACCACGUCGACUUCUCCUCUGCUGACUGGACUUAGAGGCGUCUGUCUGACACGACAUAUCAGGACCAAACUCCGAACACUUCCAAACCUGUGCAUUCCACCUUCUUUUUUCUUUUUUUUUUAUGCAUAUUCAUGAUGAUAAUGGUGAUUUUCAUAAUUCUGAACAACAUCUUUUAUUUUAUUUUAUUAUUUUUUGGUGUCAGCAUUCAUUUGUGGGGGGGGGGGGAAUUCAACACUACAAAUUGAAACUGUCUUUGAAUUUAUGUUUGAGUUUUCAGCAGAUGGAUUCCUCUCCAAAAGUUUUUUCCCACAGAGCUGAUAACGCCAUGAAAACGAGGCUUAGUGAUGGUUUUCUGUUUAGUUUUUUUGGUUAGUUUAUGUCGUUAAUAGCCAUUCCAGCAGUGCCAGGGGAGGGUGCGUUUGAAUCAUCUCUCUCUCUCAGUGUGCCAAAAGCGGGUGGAGUCAAAUGAACUGCAGAGAGAAGACAGUUUCCACACUUGUUGUAUAUGUAACUAUAAAUCUCUCUCUUUGAUCAUGGAUAAAAUGCAUUAAGGAAAGCUCGCCAAAAUUAUGACAGCAGCCUCGCCUGGUUGUUUAUCUUUACAUUCGGAUACAGACUUUCCUGCUUUUUCCUUUUCUUUUCCUUUUUUUACCCUCUUCUUGUCUUUAUCUGGGGGUGUUUUCAUCUCCAUCGUCAGGCGAUGUUGCACGGCAGGUGAACUGCUUAACCGAGACACUGUGCAUGACGCUUACGACAUCAGGAUUGCAUUCACAUCGAUGUAACACAAAGCAAAAAGAAAAGAAAAGCACUUGAGGGUUGAUUCCUAGUUUGUCCCUGAUGUGUCUGAAUAACUGUAGAUCACACAAGCAGCAUCUUUCUCCAGACACUCGGUUAUCGUUCGUUUACUGGACCACGUUUUGGUGAUUUUUAGCUGCAGAUUCGCAGAGUUUUGGAGGAAGUUUAUAAGGGAUCAUUUAUCUUUUCUUUUUCCAGAAGUCUUCUUCCAGGGAAGUCGGUCUAAAAGCUCAACUCUCUUCUGGAUCCAUAAUUUUACUUUUGCUGCUGCUGGUCCUUUUAAAGGAGGACUGUACGGCCAGAGGAAGACGAUAUGUUGUUGUUGUUGUUGUUGUUGUUAAAUUGCUAUGCAGUUUGUUCAGAUUGUAGCUGGUAGCAGCUAACCAAAACAAAAAAACAAAAAAAAAAAGGAAAACACUUAAGUGCCAGAGAACUGUUUGAACAGAUGGAGGUUCUUUACUACACUUUUCUUUAAGCUCGACUUUAAAACACUAAUAUUCAAACUAAGAUACCAUGCAGGAAAAAUGAACAAAAAAAAAGAAAAAGCUUGUUCAGGUCAGACUCUCCAUUCUCAGUGAUGCAGCGCCUCCUGCUGGUCUUUGCCUUACACACAUCUGUUGUCACCCUCAUCGGUACCAGUGCUUUUAUUUUCCGUUUUGUUUUGUUUUUUAGGGGGAAGAUGAUGACAACAAAGUAAAUAAGAAACAAGUCUAUUUGGAAAUGCAAUAAAUAUUGUAUAUUUACAUUAAGGAAUAUGGUAAUCAUAGUUAUUGAUCUAUUUUUAUGUUGUAAAAAGCUUGUAAUAUAGGAAAGAGAAAUGAUUAAGAGUUAUAACAAUGUUCCAGUGGGUGAGCUUUGGUCUGACAGAGCGGACUCUCUGCAGCUCUUCUCUGGAUGUUCGGCCAUAAGGGUGAAUGAGCUGAAUGGACGAGUG